GAGAGAGAGAGAGAGAGAGAGAGAGAGACCUACUAAAAACCAAACCACUGCAUUGCUCUCUUGGUCUUUGACCGAUGUGAGAUGCCAGACUGGAGAUUGUAUCAGUACAAUAAAGGCUCCUGGGUUCCAUAAUCAUACGCAAAAAUCGGCUUUCAUCCAGCAUGUUACCCAGCCCAAGUAACAGCAGGUAGAAAGGUAUAGAGAACCCAGAAGGCGUGAAGGGUUAAAGGCAUCAUCGCAGCCAUUAGAGGGAAAAGUUGAAGCAAUGCAAGCCCAGUAGACUCCUCUCCCUUCCUCCCCUCCCCUUUUCCAAACUCCCCACUUCCUAAGCCGGAUCAGCGUUCAGGGAGGACAGUCAUCAUCACGCAAUCCUGAGCAGCUGGAGCUGACGUUGGACGGAGCUGCCAGGUAGCUGAAAAAAAGGCAGAGAAGGCAGCUGAUACCCACUUUUCAACGAUUCUUUUUUUUUUUUUUAGUCUGGGUUUGGACUUCAAGCAUCACAGCGCCCGAGCCAGCUGAUCUGAACCCUUAGUGUAUUGCAAUACCCUCUCUUCCCAAAGAAAAGAUUCCACUGAGUAGCAGAAUGCUCGCAGUGUCGCAGCUAGGGCUAUAGCGGAGAGCCUUUUUGUAAAUUUGUGUGUGCGAUUCCUUUCUUUGAAGUCACCUUUGGUUUUUGUUACCCUGAUGUGACUUUUGCUUCGCUUUGGAAUGAUGGGGAUCUUUCUGGCUUAUGUUGGAUGCGUUUUCUUUUCCGUUUUGUAUAUUCAACAAGGACUUUCUACCCAAGCAAAAUUCACCGAGUUCCCCCGAAAUGUCACAGCCACUGAAGGGCAGAACGUGGAGAUGUCGUGCGCUUUCCAGAGCGGCUCCGCCUCCGUGUACCUCGAGAUCCAGUGGUGGUUUCUGCGAGCAGCGGAGGAGCAGGAGGCUGGAGGCGAGGUGACGGGCACUCAGGUGGAGCUCUUACCAGAGAGAGACUUGGACAAUGACGGAACAAAGAUAAGCACAGUGAAAGUACAAGGGAAUGACAUCUCCCACAAGCUGCAGAUUUCAAAAGUGAGGAAAAAGGAUGAAGGCUUGUAUGAGUGCAGGGUGACAGAUGCCAACUAUGGAGACCUUCAGGAAUACAAGGCUCAGGCAUUUCUCAAAGUCAAUGCUAACAGCCACUCUCGGCGAAUGCAGGCCUUUGAAGCGUCCCCAAUGUGGCUGCAAGAUAUGAAACCUCGCAAGAACAUCUCAGCAGCUGUUCCCAGUAGCGUCCAUAACUCUUCCAAUCAGCGUCUGCGCUCAACCACCAGCCCCGAAGCAGCAGCUAAAAUCCCAAAACAGAGUCCACAAUCAGGUGCGAGGAUAGCUACAAGCCAUGGACUUUCUGUCCUGCUUCUUGUUUGUGGCUUUGUGAAGGGUGCUUUGCUUUAAUCUAAAAGUGCUGACUUUUUCCAAUAUCACUUUCUCUUCUUAAAGCAAAGAGCAAAUCGCCUGUAAAAUCCACGGAGCGGACAGCAAAGUUGACCCUAACCUCCAACCACCACUCUGCACCCAAUGUACUCUAAUUCUCUACACAUGGAGCACCUUCAGGAAGUACAAAAAACAAAAACAAACAAAUAUAUAUAUUGUUUAAACAUAUAAAUAUAUAUAUGAAGAGGAUACCACAUUUUCUUGAUCUAUAUUAUUUUCUUUGCUGUAUCACUGAUCAUUUAUUUGAAGAGAACUGGUGUGAUGUAAUGGGACAUUUUGUAACUGCAAAACCUAGUUUCCUUUUCUUUCAGUAAGUAGAAGCAUCAUAUCCUUGACUGCUCAGGGGUUGGCUUUCAAGUCAUCAGUAUUAAACAAAUUCACGCUGGAUGAUAUUUGGUUUCCUUUUUUGAAAGAACUGUUACAGCCAUGAGGCAAACAGUGACCAAAAAUAAAUAAAUAAAACCAACAAAAAAUCCCAAGAAAACAAAAUGACUCAGCAUCACCGCUGAUGACAAAAAACACCUCAGAAACUUUGAUGAAAAGCUUAUUUUUUUGUCGGGGUGGGAAAUGCAAAACAAAAAUACCAACAUUGCAAAGCAACUAACAAGACUAGAGGACAUUGUUUUUGAAGACAAGCAAGAAGCACUAUUGAAGGGGUUAUUUUCUUCACUUUUUUGAAUUUUUUCCUUUCCCCCCCCCCUUCCUUUUCCUCCCUUUUCUCUUGGUUUGUUUCUUGUCCAAUGGUGGCAGUUGCUGACUUAGGCCAACUCCUACUGACUGUGUGGUGGUUAUAUAAAUAAAUUUUUUUUGUGUGUGUUCUAUAUUUCGAUGUGUUUUCUCUAAUUUUGCAACUCCUGUAUAUGCAAAACUAACUUCAAUUCUGUAAAUUGCUUACAGUAUGUGUGAUAUAACUUCACAGUAGACAUACCCUGGUCCUCAUGCAAGACAGUUUUUAAUAUUAUCUAUAUGUCGUGCCACCAACAGACAUUUUUCUUUCCUUUUUUGAUGAAGCAUUAUUUUUUAAUUUGUAAUUCAGUACUGUGUGGAUUUUGUAAUACAUGCUUUCACUUCCACUGGUUUGACCCCUUGCAGAUGACAAUGCAGCCCUCUGUUUACUCUGUAAAAUGCACAUUAAAAUUUGUUAUGGUCUCUGAA